CCUAAAAGUGCAGAUUAGGUCGUCCUAAAAGUGCAAGUUACGGUAACAUGCAUGUCACCAUAAGCAUAACCUAAACAUUAUUGUUGCUUACUCUCUCACUCUUUGUUGUGUUUCAGCUUUGGGUUGCCUACAAGGAGUCCAACUCUUUGCAUUCCGCAGUUUUGAUAUUUCUCAUGUACUGGAGUGGCAGUGUGGCGACUGGCAUCUAUAUCUUUAUUCAGUUUCUCAAGCUGUCACCUCAAGAAUCCGCACAAGACCCUAUCUACCAUGUUCUGUUGCGCCCUGAACACAAGAGAACUGAGGAACGAAGGCAGCAGAAGAAUAAGAAGAAUUCUUCUUCUUCAGUCGUCCGUGCAAGAAUAGCUUUCAUAGUUUGGGCUUGCUUGAUGAUAGCGGCUGUCAUUUACUCUGUUCUCGCUGUUGGAACUCCUUUCCGCAUGGAGGUGUGGAUUGCCCACAAGGAAGAAAGUUGGUUAAGUGUUUCACUGUGGGUACUUCUCUAUAUAUGCCUUGGCAGCCUUGCUACUUGUGCUUACAUGGCAAAACAGCUGUUUCAACUCAGUUCUCAAGAUCCACUUUACUUAGUUUUGGUGAAACGCAACAACAGGGCUUCCAAACGUACACCACCGUCCCUGCUCAACGUUGAUCACGAUUAAGUGCUUCAUAGAAUAAGAUAUGUUUGGUGUCUCUUGUUAUUCCACAAAAUGAGCAAUAAUAUACGAUACACCUGAAU